UCCGCCGGAGCUACAGCCCAGCGGGAACAGCUGGGAACGCGGUGCGAACUUACGCUAGCAGCCAGGGCUGGCUCUCUCGGUCGGUCGCCGCCUCUCUGCCUAAUGAGCUGCACCAGAAUGAUCCAGGUUUUAGAUCCACGGCCUUUGACAAGUUCUGUCAUGCCAGUGGAUGUGGCCAUGAGGCUCUGCUUGGCUCAUUCACCACCUCUGAAGAGCUUCCUGGGCCCUUAUGAUGACUUUCAACGAAGAAAUUUUGUCAACAAAUUAAAGCCUCUGAAACCGUGUCUCAAUAUAAAACAGGAAGCCAAAUCGCAGAAUGACUGGAAGAGUUCACACAACCAAGCCAAGAAACGGGUUGUGUUUGCAGAUUCCAAGGGUCUCUCUCUCACUGCCAUCCAUGUCUUCUCUGACCUCCCAGAAGAACCCACGUGGGACCUCCAGUUUGAUCUCCUGGACCUCAAUGAUCUGUCCUCUGGCUUAAAACUCCAUGAGGAGAAAAACUUAAUUUUAGACUUCCCUCAGCCUUCAACUGAUUACUUAAGUUUUAGGAGCCACUUUCAGAAGAACUUCGUCUGUCUGGAGAACUGCUCUCUUCAAGAGCGAACAGUGACUGGGACUGUGAAAGUAAAAAAUGUGAGCUUUGAGAAGAAGGUUCAGAUCCGUAUAACUUUUGAUUCUUGGAAAAACUACACCAACGUGGACUGUGUCUACAUGAAAAAUGUGUAUGGUGGUUCAGAUAGUGACACCUUUUCGUUUGCCGUUGACUUACCCUCUGUCAUUCCAACUGAGGAAAAAAUUGAGUUUUGCAUUUCUUACCAUGCCAAUGGGCAGGUCUUCUGGGACAACAACGAUGGUCAGAAUUACAGAAUUGUUCAUGCACAAUGGAAACCUGAUGGUGUUCAGACGCAGACGGCAUCCCAGAACUGUGCAUUCCAAGGGGUGCCCCCCAAGACGGAGUUAGAGUCAACAAUCUUUGGCAGUCCCAGGCUGGCCAGCGGGCUCUUCCCAGAAUGGCAGAGCUGGGGGAGAAUGGAGAACUUGGCCUCUUAUCGAUGAAUUAAGCAACCUAGUAAAUGGUUUUGACUUGUCAUAUUCCUGUAUAAUUCUAGGUCUGUCAUGCUCAAUAUUAGGAAGUCUUAGCUACUUUCCUUCAGUAGGCUUAGGUUUGAGCUUUUGAGACCUGGCUUCAAAACAGUAGCCAGUUGAGAAUUUAGUGUUGGGGUCUGUAAGGAUGAUGCUGCAGACUUUGCUGGGAAGGAUCAAGUGACAGUCUGGAGCACAAUUUUUGUAAAAGCAAUACUUUUUCAAUGCCAUUUCUCCUUUCCGGUCAAUUCACUAGCUUUCACGUUGGGCAUGGAAAGGUUGAAGAAGAACAGUUGAUGGUGAAGGAAAGCUGUGUUAAUGGUACGAGGAAUGUCUGAAAAGUGUUUACAAAAGCCUCUGUAGCUCAAGUCAGAGUAGAAGUGGGAGGUCUGAAACUUAAUUGUUGGAGAGAAACAAAAGAUUAUUUUGUUUCUAAGCUGGUUUUACAGUUCUCUCCUGGGGAAGUAAUUUGUAGAGGGAAGAAGAAGAUCCAUCCUAUGUGUUCCUGUGGAGAAAAACCAAACAAACUUUAGGGAUGUUGAGUGGUAUUGAGGAAAGGUGAAUUUUAACUCUGGAGAAUCAAGAUUUUAAGCGAAGCCUUUCUGUUCAGACACGAUUUAUCAAAAAGCACGAUUUGGGAAAAGUUUAACCACAUCUGGCUUUGCUGUGUAAGUGACCUUGUUUGUGAUCAAGGCAUCCUGCUUAGGUCCUCAGCAUAGAAUGCUGCUUAACCAAAAAACCAUGCCAUCACCAAUGGCUAGCGACUUGUAGAGACUGUCACGCCAAAGAUAGCUCUUUGCAAGUGCCUUGAUUAAACCGGAAUGUUGUAGUUGCUUAACCCAAAUGUCUGAGGGUCAUCUGGUAACUCGUGACUGUUGGGCCUCAUAAGAAGGUCCACUCUGUAUACGGGCAUUCCUCCUGCAAUACUGUUGUAUCUUCGAGAGUGCUGUUGGUGCAUCCUUCAUAUUGAAGGUGACUUAUUUUCCCAUCACGCUUUUUUGCUGUGAUGUUGGAAGUGAGGACUGACACUGAUUCUCAAUUCAAGAAUCCAGUACCUUGCACGUAAAAGUAGCAAUCCAUUUCUUGCCUAUAUUCAUCUUGUUGUUUUAAGAGUUUUUACCAAUUUCUUUGAAGUGAAAGUGUUGUUGUUGUUUUUUAAAUGGAUGUGAAUUGUUUUGGAUGUUUUGUAAUAUAUUUGUUUUGAGUGUACAUAAAUCCAUUCUGUAAGAUCUCAAGGACAGUAGACCCUGAAUGUUUGCUUCUGUCAUUGUGCAUGCCCACUGUGGGGUGUUCCGAGAAUGCAGUUAAUUUUAACACUUGUGAUCUGCCAUGCUUGAAAAAGUGCUAUUGGAAUAACUCUUGCUGUGACAGUAUUUGAAGUUUGGUUAACACUCACAAUUUUUCUACUCUAAAUAUUUCACUCUCCUAUAGCUGUCUUUAGUGAACUUCUCACUUCAAGAAUAAAAGUGUUUGAUAUAAGAUCUAAGUAUGUUUUCUUUGUCAAAGCCACAGUCAAUUAAAUAAAAAAAACCAUGAACUGAGAUUCUACUGGUGUCUAAGGA